CAUAAUGCUAUCUAGUUUUCUUCGUCACUGCACUCCUCGGACCUCAGCAUGUAUCGCCUCAAGGCUCAACAUUACACCAAGACCCACCUAUUACAAUUGCUCCAACAACAAUGAUUUCCUCUUCCUGACUUCCCUGUGGAGACUGCACUUAGAAUAGUACCACGAGCGCUAUGCAACGCUAUGCACCCAAUCAAUUACUUCCCGCUUCCCACGUCAAGAUCACUGUAAAUUUUAGAGAGGAACGGCGUUCGACGUGUCUUCCUUUCCCGACGACACGGACCAGCUGAAAUGGCAAAGUUAUUACCCUUGUGGACAAAUGACUUUCUCCUCUUUAUCGCUGUAGAACUCGUCACGGUACCUUUUAGCAACGUCCUGUUACGGUAUAGAGUGGGCCAUCAGCAGAAUAAUGGGCAACUUCGCGGACUGUUGACAGAUCAACUAUACGGUAUCCCCACCUUUCUCAAAACUGUGCAGAGAAUACACAACAUCGAAGGAGUUGCAGGAUUUUAUAAAGGCUUUUUUGCCCGACUCAUCGAGCUUUUCAUCUUCACUUUCGUGUUCAAGAUAGCCUUUGGUUUCCAUCCUGCUAUAUUACCAAUCAAGCUACUCUACACCUACCCCGAUUUCACUCUCCUGCAGUGUUUGAUAUACUAUGGAUCCACCGUUCUUAUAUCUGUUCCAAUGAAGGUCUUCAUCACUCGAUCCACAACCACCCGCUUCCGCUUAUCCCAAGCCGACCCAUCACACGAACAAGCACACGCUUUCAAAGUCCUCUUAUCCCCCACCGAACACCAAAACCCUCUCGCGCUCUACCUCAUCCCAGGCCUCUUCACCUGUAUCGCCCUCCAAACACUCUUUUCCUUCAUUUCCCUAGCUACCAUAUACCACCUAAUCCAGUUCUACCUCUCCCACGGUCAACCGGGGUGGGUACGCAAAAGAGCGAGGAUAGUGUAUAUCGUGUUGUUCCUCAUGAGCAGAGCGCUGGUUUAUACCCCAUUCGAAGUUGUUGCGUGUAGAUUGGCUGUUAUGGGCCAGUCGGAGAGGGAUGAUGGGGCAGCUGUGGAUAUGGCGGAUUUGGAGGCGACGAAGGCGGGUGAUGAAGAGAGUGAGACUGAGAUGGUUCCUACGUUUUCGUUGGAAAAUGUUAUACAACUACGAGAAAAUGUAGUAGAGUCCGACUCGUACGAAGGGUUCCGGGAUUGUGUGAUUAAAAUUCGGAGAGAGGAAGGGUUUAGUGCUUUGUUCCGGGGAUGGCUUGGGAGUCUUGUGGGUACGGUGUGCAUUUGAAAGUAAGGGCAAUAUUUACAAUAAGUAAUUCGAUCUAUUCUUUUUUGUUC